UAGAAGACUCUGCAUUCGUUUGUUUUUUAUUUUUUGUAGUGUUUUGUGCGUGGUGUGUCAUCUGGACAGAGCGUUUAAUCGGAAUAUUUGUUGAAGUUAAUACAUUCGUUGAAAAGUUUUAAUACACAUUAUGACUUUCGACCCUGUUUACGUCAAGACAGAAAUUUUGUCACCUAAUUCUGAAGAGAUUUCUCCUGUGCCCAGCAGCAGUGGCAGUGCUGCUGAUGACUCCGUCAGGGUCAAGCAGGAGAUGAUUUUCCUCCCUGAGAGUGUGGAUAUGAAAACGGAAGAAGAAUCCCCCAAAGAUGAGGAGGUAUUGCCAGGUGGUGGGCAGCUAGGGAGCCGCUCUGACCCUCUGGAUAAGGAACACGCCAGUCUCGGAGCUCGCCACUAUGAGAAUGCUUCUUCACCGAGUUCUUGGAGUUUCAGGUUACUAGAAGUGAACCACGAGACAGACUGCACUGACCGGACAACACGCAGUCUCCAUCCAGACGUAAUCUACCCAGAGCAGUGUGGCACACUGGGGUCACCGAGGCGAGACUGCGACGAAAGCGAUCCGUUUGUGACAGAUUCUGCGAGUGAUCCUCUCGGAAAUGAUGUCCCUCGUGGAAAUGAGAUGAGGGUCGCCGAGAGGUUCAGCUGCGCACACUGCGAGAAGACCUUCUUCUCGAGGUACUGCAUCACGAAGCACGUGUUCAGCCACGAGCCCGGGGUUCCGGCGCCGGCGUCCAUCUGCGAGCUGUGUGGCGACGUGUUUCCGGACGCGGCUGGCCUGAGCCGGCACGUGGCCGACCGCGGCUGCGAGGAUCGUGGUGGGGGUGAGGGCGGGGCCGAGGGCGGGGCCCGGGACGCGGGGCCCCGGAGGGCGGAGCUGCCGCCCGUCAGCCAGAUCCGGCCGUUCGCCUGCCGGGCGUGCGGCGCCACCUUCGCCAGGCUGGGCCACCUCAAGGUCCACCUCACCAUCCACGCCGACGACCGUCCACACGCCUGCGACGUGUGUGGGAAGCGCUUCCGCCAGUCGGUGCACCUGACGAUCCACAAGCGGCUGCACUCGGACGAGCGGCCGUACGGCUGCGAGGUGUGCGGCAAGGCGUUCCGGCAGUCGGUGCACCUCCAGAUCCACCUGCGGCAGCACACCGGCUACCGGCCCUUCAGCUGCGACGUGUGCGGCCGGACCUUCACGGACCGCACCGGCCUCAACAGGCACAAGGCGGUGCACUCGCGGGACCACCCGUUCGCCUGCGACGCCUGCGGCAGGUCGUUCCGCGACGAGGGCGGCCUGCGCGACCACCGCGCCCACAACGCCUGCGCCGCCGGCCCCUUCUCGUGCGACAAGUGCGGCAGGUCGUUCGCGGACCCGUUCGCGCUCAAGCGGCACCUGCGGGUGCACGAGAGCAAGAAGCGGAAGCCGUGCGACGUGUGCGGCGACGGCGGCGCCGGGGGCCGCGCCUGCCGCCACGACAAGCCGUACGUGUGCAAGGUGUGCGGCAGGGACUUCGCGCGCGCCUCCUCGCUCAAGAGGCACGUGACCGUGCACACGGUGGCCAGGACUUUCGAGUGCGCGAGCUGCCGCCGGAGGUUCAAGUGGGAGAGCAGCCUCUGCGCGCACAAGUGCGGGCUCGACACCACCCCGAAGCAGUUCUCCUGCGACGUCUGCGGCAAGCGCUUCCGCUUCCGGCACAACGCCGAGGCCCACCGCAAGGUCCACACGGGCGAGAGCACGCACUCGUGCGAGGUGUGCGGCAAGCUGUGCAACUCCGCGGCCAACUUGAGGAGCCACUACACCGUCCACAGCGAAGAGCGGCCGUACACCUGCGAGAUCUGCGGCAAGGGCUUCCGGCGCACCGGGAACCUGGUGGCUCACCGGAAGACGCACCUCACUGGUGGGCGCGACUCUACACUCUGCCCCGUGUCCUUCGACUCCGCCAUCCACGUCCGGGAGCACGCCAGUUCGUCACUGGCUGCCCCGCCGUUGCCCGACGACAGCAGUGCCUUUAGUAGUGCAUUAUUUUACGAGUGUACCGUCUGUCGGAGCUCUUUUACUGACGCCAUUAGUUACUGGAGGCACGUAGGUGAACACUCUGGUAAUCCUAAGGUGGGUGUGCCCGACUCUUGUGGUGGCCACAGUGCAGCGACGUACACUGCACUACCCGGUGCUAGCUCGGAAGCUGCCCUCGACCGUGACACGCAGCCCAUUAACAGUGCCUUUACUUGUGAACCAGAAAUGGUAAUACCUGUAGGUCCAGAAAUUGUUAAUAUGUAUUGAUUACAGUCUAAAUGUGCUAUUGUACUUGCUAAAGAAUAUAGCGGAAAUAACAAGACCACACAGCUCAACAUUUUUAUCGACUGCUCUUUUUGUGGAUACGUGCCGAUAUAUCACGUACAUCAACACACUGCAAGCCACCUUUCAGUCUGUAGCGAAUGAUACUUCCGAUAGCAUUAGCUUUAUCCUUCUUCAAAUGGUUCAAAUGGC